AUGCAAGUGUAUGGACAUAUCGAAAUUUUCAACCUGCAAGCCAAACAGGUCGUGAAGUUAAACGUUGAUUUGGACAUCGGAGUGCGACCGAACUCGAAUCAACUUGGAUCUAUCACUUUGGUGAAAUCUCGCGAGGACACUUUCGGUGACAUAGUGCAAGGUUUGCCAGCACAAUAUCGGGUGACCUUUCCUUUACAAAAUCCGAUGCCGAUCGUGCUGUCGAUAUCGGUGAAUGAUCGAAGGAUUUGCACUGGACAUCGGAGACCCGGCCAGCACAUCAGGGUUUUAUGUUGGAAACAUACGUGGUAUACUCAGCUGCUGUCCCAAAACAUGGGUCAAAAUAAUAACUUACCGCUUGGUUCCAAAGUGUUACGGCCAAUUACGCCAAAUCCUGUCCAGACUGCAGAGCAGUCCACCCUUCCGUCGUUAGGUGAAUACACAUGUGGCAAACCUUCCAGUGCCCUAUCUAAUCUAUUGUCGAUCAACGGUCAACUUGUGAAUAAAGGGCAAUUUCCUUGGAUUGUUCCGCUAUUUGAUCGGACGUAUCCUCGUAGUCCAAAAUAUUUUUGCGGAAGCACAAUUAUCAGUAGAAAAUAUUUAAUCACCGCAGCGCACUGCGUCUACGGCAUCGAAGAAUUUAUGCCGGCAGAGGACAUUCUGGCCGUUCCCGGAAUGCACAACAUUGACAACUUCAUGGAAAAGAAUGCCGAAUUUCGGGACGUCGCCGCCGUUUUGCCGCACCCAGAGUACGCUCAUGACGAUGAGGAAAACGACGCAGAUUUGGCCGUUUUGCGACUGCGGGAACCGCUCUCGUUUACCGACUACAUCAUUCCCAUCUGCCACUGGCGGGGAGAUAACGAUCUGCAGAAAAUUGUCGGUCAGGAAGCGACCGUUGCCGGAUGGGGCUUCACGGAAGAGGGCCCAACUUCGAUGCCGACCUACAUCAGGACGAACGUCGUGAGCCGAGAACGGUGCAACGACAAUUGGGCGCAAAUGUAUCGCGCCAACGAUAGGAUAUUUUGCACCGAUGGACACGGCGAGUCGGCACCUUGCAACGGGGAUUCGGGUAGUGGUUUGGCGCUGAAGAUAGGCAAUCGGUACAUCCUGCGGGGCGUAGUGUCUCGGGGAAAGGUCGAUCGAUUCACGCUCAAAUGUGAUCCGACGAAGUAUGCCGUCUACACCGAUGUUGCGCCUUUUCGAUUUUGGUUGAAAAAGAUUAUGAACUGA